AUGGAUGGAAAUCGCUUGUCGAAGCUCCCAUCAGUAAUCAUCAAGAAUCUCAAGAAACUAAAGGAAUUCGAGUGCGAAGACUGCGGUCUUGGACCAACUCUCUCAACAGGGCAGUUGGGAUUCGCCAGUCCUGCGUUAAUGAAGGUAGACCUCCAAAAUAAUGAAAUCUCGAAAGUGGAGCCCGGAGCCAUCACAGGUGACAGUGGAUUGCUCAAGAGCCGAGAAUGCUUUCGAGAUCUCAUCGGCAUUGUUCAAGACAUCAUGGCCCUCGCCUCAAAUGUGGUAAACUGGAGUACUUGCAAUUUGAAUGCAAAGCAAUUCCGAAUGAUGAAUAACGAGAAUGUGACAGAGCUAAAUGGAAGUUUCUUUGGUGCUUUGUCCUUUGAGAGCAUAUUCGUGAAUCAUACUGCCGUAAAGACCGUUUCUCCUUCGGCGAUCCUGCCUCUUCGAGACCAGAUUGAAAAACUAGAAAUUUCAUUCAGUCAACUGGAAGAGUUCCCGUUCCACAGUCUCCUCAACUUCUCCCGCCUUUCGGACCUCCGCCUUGAGAGAAACUCCUUGACCUUGGUAUCGGCCAUCCAGAGCAAGAGUCUCGAAAUUCUCUCUCUCGGGUUCAAUAAAAUAAGGAACUUAGAAGAAGGCUGGGCCACGCCUAACCUGAGGAAGAUCAACCUCACUGAAAAUCCCCUUGAGAAGAUCCCUGCAGCCUUGGUUAAAAGCAUGACGAAUCUAAAGGAAUUCCACUGCGUCGCCUGCAAACUGGGACCCACUCUUCGAAGCGGGAUGUGGGCGUUCGACAGCAAAGGGUUAUUGACGGUCGACUUGCAAGGGAACGAAAUUUCAAAAAUUGAACGACUCGCCAUCACAGGUCUCAUGCCGGAAACGGAACUUAUUCUGGAUGGAAACCAGAUCACCGAAUUGCCCAAGGAAGUCUUUCGCCCCCUUCUCAUGAACGAAUCGCAUGCAAAAGGGUUCAUCUCUCUACAAGGGAAUCCCAUCGAGUGCAACUGCCGCUUGGUCUGGUUCAUCAAUGACCCGCACCUUCUGGGGAGUGUUCGCGGAACUUGUGAAGACGGAACGGAGUUCGCAAACCUGACACUGCAGUGUCGACUGUGUGAUCAUCAGUGCGUGAAACGCGAGGAAGCAGGUCAAUGCAUCCCAGGAUCAAACAGCUCCUCGAACGUGGACGACUGCCAGCCUGAAGAAAUAUGU